AUGGCCUUAGUGGUGUUCAAGUUCCAGACGUUGAGCGAGGCCUAUAGCAGCGCUGCCGACCAUUAUCGAGUGCUGUCUAUCCGGCGAGGGGUUCAGGACCGCUCCAAGCGGCCAGCAGAGGGUGGAGCUCCAGACUCCAAGAGGCACCGACCCGGGGGAUCCGGCAUGAGAAGAAGCUUCCAGCAGGGUGGCUCUAGCCACGGCGGUGGAUCUCGCCCCAGCUUUGGGCAGGGGUCAGGUGGCGAGGGAGUUCGUACCCGGCACUUCCACUGCAGGCGUUGUGGGAGGGACCACCCGGGGCGCGACUGUGAGGGUCAGUUGGUGGAGUGCUUUAGCUGUGGUCUGCGAGGUCAUCGAGCUUACGAGUGCGCAGCCAAGAAAGGAGGUUCAUCCCAAUCCAGACCGAGCACGGCUCAGGGAGCCCAAGCAGUGGCCUGA